AUGUCAAGCAUUCCUGUUCCGGAGGAGAUUCUUGUGAACAUCCUUUUGCGGUUACCAUUUAAGGCCAUAUCACUAUGUAGGUGUGUAUGCAAACUCUGGUACACUUUACUCUCCAACCCUAGUUUUGUCAAAACUCAUUAUGAUCUUUCUAUUGAAAAGAAUUAUCCUAAUACCAUUCUUAGAGCAGAUGUCAACGGUAAACACGCAAUCUAUUCUAUAAUUUAUGACCCGUUAUCAUCAUCUUUAUCAGCAUCUAGAUGUGAAAUUCAUUACCCGUUCGAAACUAAAGGUAAAGUUGAGAUUUUGGGUUCUUCUAAUGGUUUAUUAUGCAUUCAUGUUGGUGAGUAUUUUGAUGAGAGUACCAUUUGUAUUUGGAAUCCAACAACUAAAGAAUAUAAGAGAGUACCCAAAUCGCCAAAUAAUCAGUUUCCAUGUGACUUAAUUAUGCAUGAUUUUAUGAAUGCAUAUGGGUUUUGCUAUGAUUGUAGGAUUGAUGAUUAUAAGUUUAUUAAAGUUGUGGGCUUUAUCGGAGUUCCAAGUAGGUCGGGAGUUCAGGUUUAUAAACUAGGAUCAGACUCAUGGAGUACUCAUAGGUUCAUACCUUACUAUUUUCCUUGUAAUACAAGGCGUUUGGGUAUUACUGUUCAUGAAUCUCUUCAUUGGUUAGCCAGGCCAGGAGUUGAAAGCUAUUUGCAAGAAAGUCCUGAUGUUAUUGUUUCUUUUAAUAUUUGUGAGGAAAGAUUUGAUGCUUUGGCUUUCCCAGCAUCCGUGGAAAAUGAGAACGUAAUCAAGGAACAAGAACUUGGAGCUCUAGAUGGUUGUCUUUGUUUACUUCUUCAGGACCCUAAUUGUCGUGUUGAUUUAUGGGUAAUGCGGGAAUAUGGUGUGCGAGAAUCUUGGUCUAUACUUUUCAGUACUACUCAUGAUUUGGUUGUAGACCAUCAUAUUCGUAGUAAUUUUCUGGUAUACUCAUUUGAAAAUGAUGAAGUUCUGUUGGGAAAUUUUGAUAGUUUCAUUUUAUAUAAUCCGAGAUACGAUAGAGCUAAAACUGUGACGAUUCCUGGCAUUCGUGGAUCGGGUGAAGUAGAGAGUUAUUUAACGAGCUUAUUUUCACUCAACUCACGUACUUAUGUUGGGGAAGAUGAUAGAAUCGAGGACUAG